UCUUUACAUAUAUGUCCAGUUGUACAGUAAUGUAUUCUUUAAAAGACAUAGGGAUUACAAUGCAAUCGAGUCAUCUAUUUAUUCAGUCAUUAACCAUUUAAAUACGCCCUUAGCUUACAUGUGGGUCGCUAUCUGUCACACUACUUCUAGUUAUGGCUUUCUAGAAAAAUUACUGAACAAUCGAAUAACUGGUUUAUUACACAAACUCUCAUAUUCAUUAUACCAGGUCAAUAUUACCGUAAUACUAAUGAUCGAUUUCUCUUUAAGGGCAUCCGGAGUUCGGUCAUUCCCAAUAAUCGUAAUGACGUUAAUUUAUAUAAUAUUAACGGUAUAUAUAGCGGCUGUAAUAUUGUAUUUUCUUGUUGACGCGCCGUUUGGUUUAUUGACAAGCAGAGUUAUUUUGGGAAGAAAAACUAGCAGAAAAUCUAAAGACGACUGACACCAAAAGAAUUUUAAAAAAAAGUUAAUCAAAAUUACAUAAGAAUAAUUGUGAAAAAUUUUAACGUUUAACCCA